GUAAAUUCAAACACAAACAGUAAAGAAAUGAGUAGAUUUAAGAUUCAACUCAACUGGAAGACAAACUGAAGUCAAUGCAGAACCAUUACAUAAAUCACCAACAUAGAAGUGGAUGGAAUGCAAGCCAUAACACUAUCUAACAUUCUACAUCCAUGGAGCACCUGUUCUUCUCCUUUCCAAUGCUGUUCACUUUUGUUAUCUUCUUGUUCAUGUUGCUGAAACUGGGGAAGAGGUUCAAGACCAACAACUUAAGUCAAAAUCUACCACCAGGGCCAUGGAAGUUGCCUGUCAUCGGGAAUAUGCACCUCCUUGCUGGUUCUCUACCCCAUCAUUCAUUAAGAGAUUUGGCCAAGAAAUUUGGCCCCUUGAUGCACCUUCAGCUUGGAGAAAUUUCAAACAUCGUUGUUUCUUCUCCACAAACUGCUGCAGAAGUGAUGAGAACCCAUGACAUCAUUUUCGCGAAUAGGCCUCAUCUACUUUCUGUAAAUAUUUUAACUUAUAAUUCAACAGAUAUUGCAUUUUCACCUUAUGGAGACUAUUGGAGGCAGCUGAGAAAAAUUAGCGUGUUGGAGAUGCUAAGUUCAAAACGUGUGCAAUCUUUCAGUCCAAUUAGGGAAGAAGAGGUAUCAAAGAUGGUUAGAGCAAUUUCUUCAAAUGCAGGCUCACCAGUCAACCUUAGUAACAUGCUGUGUUCUCUCACAUAUGAAAUUGUUUCAAGGACUGCUUUUGGUGGGAAAUGCAAAGAUCAGAAAGAUGAAUUCACAUUACUUUUCAGGGAAAUUACACGGUUUGCUUCAGGUUUCACUCUUGUAGACUUGUUCCCUUCAGUCAAAUUUCUUCAGUUCCUCAGUGGAUUGAGGCCUAAACUUGAGAGGCUGCAUCGAAAAGUAGAUAAGAUUCUUGAUAUUGUCAUCAAUGAACAUAAAGCUAGCAACGAAAUGCCAAAGAAUAGUGAGAGGGAAUUGGAUGAUCUUCUGGAUGUUCUUUUGACCCUUCAGGAGAAUGGUGACCUUGAAUUUCCUUUAACAACUGACAACAUCAAAGCAGUAAUCUUGGAUGUUUUUGUUGCUGGGAGUGAUACAUCACUCGCAACAUUAGAAUGGGCAAUGUCAGAAAUGCUGAAAUACCCAAGAGUUAUGCAGAAGGCACAGGCAGAGGUGAGGCAGGUUUUCAAUAGAAAAGGGAAUGUUGAUGUUGAAGGGUUACAUGAAUUAAAGUACUUGAAACUUGUCAUCAAAGAAACUUUAAGAUUGCACCCUCCUCUUCCUCUGCUACUUCCAAGAGAAUGCUCACAGAGAUGCAAAAUCAAUGGAUAUGAUAUACCAGUCAAGUCCAGAGUCAUCAUCAAUGCAUGGGCAAUUGGCAGGAAUUCUGACUAUUGGAAUGAAGCUGACAGAUUCUAUCCAGAGAGAUUUGUUGAUAGUUCAGUUGACUACAAGGGGGCUGAUUUUGAAUUCAUCCCAUUUGGUGCUGGAAGAAGGAUGUGUCCGGGCAUGGUGUAUGGUAUUGCCAAUGUUGAGUUACCUCUUGCACAGCUGUUAUAUCAUUUUGACUGGAAACUUCAAGGUGGAAAAAAGCUUGAAGAUCUUGACAUGGAUGAGGUUUUGGGAGCUUCAGUUAGAAGAAAAAAUAAUCUGUGCUUGGUUGCAACCCCUUAUUCUUCUCUUAACAACUGAGUUGCAUUGAGACAAAAAGAAAAAAAUUGUAUCAGAAUUGGGUACUGACAGUGAACAGCACUCAAGGUAAUAAGAAAAUAUCAUUUUGAAUUGUGCUUCUUGGUUGUGUUAUUAAAGAUGUUGAACAAACACCAAUAUAUCAAUUAUUAGGUCUAUAUACAUCGUAACCACUACACCUAAUGCUUUUUGUACAAGUUCAGCAGAU